AUGGGUUUGGUUACACCACUAGCAUCGACUAUUCUUACCAAUUCACCGGAGAUCAUGGAUCUCUUACUGCAGGCUGGUGCUGAUCCAAAUGGCAAAUUACGUGGAAUUGCCCCUCUGGCGUUGGCAGUAACUUAUGGGCUGACACAAUUUAUCGUGCGCUUACUAGAGGCUGGUGCUGAUCCAAAUGUUACAGAUAUUGAAGGGAUGGCUGCAGUAGAACAUGCUGCCAAAGAGGGUAAACGUGAAAUUGCAUUGGAAGUUGCCCCAACAGAUGCAACUCUAAUAUCCAAUAGGAGUGCGUGCUAUGCACGUAUGCAACACGGAUCCGAAGCAUUAAGGGAUGCAACUGAAUGCAUAUCUUUAAAGCCUGAUUGGCCAAAGGCACACUACAGGGCAGGCGUAGCACUGAGCGUUUUGAAGAGGUAUGGCGAAGCAGCAGAUGCCUUUUUUAAGGGUUUGACUCUGGAUCCUAGAAACAAAGAGCUUGCAGAUGCGUUCAGGGAUGCCAAUGAAACUAGAUUGAAGUACAUCGUCCCACAACCAUAA